GCAGCAGCAGCAGCAGGCAAGAAGAAUCCAAAGCGGAAGGGUCUCUCCCCCCAUCUCUGUUCCACCAGGUGCGGCGGGCGGCGAUGGGGGCGCGGAGGCGGCUGCAGGCAGACGCGCCGCCGGGGCAUCGCCACAGGCAGGGCGCGCCGGCGCCGGACUGGAGCGCCGGGUACCUCAACGGGUGGCUGUCGCAGCCGACGCCCGUCUUCGGCCUCCGCCUCUGGGUGCUCAUCGGCAUCGCCGUCGGCGCCGCCAUCGUGCUCGUGCUCCUCCUCAUCUUCGUCUGCCUCUCCCGCCGCCGCCGCCGCCGCCGCCUCGCCGCCAACCCCUACUACCCCGCCGACACCAAGCUGCUCAAGAAGCACCUGCAGCAGCAGGCCACGCCCACGCCCACGCCCACCAAGGACAUCCAGGAGAUCGUCCGCCGCCAGCAGGAGCCCGCGGUGCAGCUCGCCAAGGCCGUGCCGCAGCCGCAGCCGCAGCCGCAGACUCCUCCGCCGCCGCCGCCUCCGCAGCACAGGCCACCGGCGCGGAAGACGCCCGGCAGCGGCGUGUCGGCCACGACUAGCGGCGGGAGCGAGCGGGACGGCGCCACGCCUAGGAGCACCGGCAGCGGCGCGGGGCUGCCGGAGGUCUCGCACCUCGGGUGGGGCCACUGGUUCACGCUCCGCGAGCUGGAGGAGGCCACCGGCGGGCUCGCCGAGGAGAAUGUGAUCGGCGAGGGCGGGUACGGGAUCGUGUACAAGGGCACCUUGCACGACUCCACUUUGGUCGCCGUCAAGAACCUGCUCAAUAAUAGGGGGCAGGCCGAGAAGGAGUUCAAGGUGGAGGUGGAAGCAAUCGGUCGUGUUCGGCACAAAAAUCUCGUCAGGUUGCUCGGCUACUGCGUAGAGGGUGCUUACAGGAUGCUCGUGUAUGAGUAUGUGGACAAUGGUAAUCUUGACCAGUGGCUUCAUGGUGAUGUUGGCGAAGUGAGCCCACUGACAUGGGACAUCAGGAUGAACAUUAUGCUUGCCACAGCUAAAGGGCUGGCCUACCUCCACGAGGGGCUGGAACCGAAGGUGGUCCACCGCGACAUCAAGGCUAGCAACAUCCUUCUUGACCAGCAGUGGAACGCCAAAGUAUCGGAUUUCGGGCUCGCAAAGCUGUUGUGCUCGGAGAGAAGCUACGUUACGACCCGUGUCAUGGGAACCUUCGGUUACGUGGCGCCUGAGUACGCCAGCACCGGCAUGCUGAACGAGAGGAGCGAUGUGUAUAGCUUCGGCGUGCUGAUAAUGGAGAUCAUCACCGGCAGAUGUCCUGUGGAUUACACAAGGGCGGCUGGAGAGGUGCAGCUGGUGGAGUGGCUCAAGAACAUGGUGGCCGAGAGGAAAGCGGAGGAGGUAGUGGACAGUAAGAUGGCCGAGAGGCCUCCUCCCAAGACGCUGAAGCGGGCGCUCCUGGUGGCGCUCCGCUGCGUGGACCCUGACGCGAACAAGCGGCCUAAGAUGGGGCAUGUGAUCCACAUGCUCGAAAUGGACGAUCUCCAGUUCCGAGACGAUAAGAGGCCCGGGGCCGGGAGAGAUGGUCGUCGUCCCCAGGGUCCGGAUAGGUACAGCUCCAAGCUAGGUGGAGGAAGGGAGCCUCAGCAAGCGCGAGCACCAGCGUCGGUACAGAUGAGAUGAUUGUCAUUAGAGAGUAGCGAUAUUAACCAUGUUAUUUUUUUCCCGUCAGUAAAUACAUUCUUUCCCAACUCGUUCCAUCGAUUCUCAAUGGUCUUCGAUUGUAUUAUAUAUGUGGAGCAACCAUCAUUCUGUG